UCAUUGUAUUGACUAUUGACUGAUUCUGAACACAGAGAAUAAUGUAUAAAACUAAUUUAUCGUUUAAUUAUCUUAGUUCUUGUUAAAAUAUAUUGUAGCAUAUCUUAGUUUAAGUGUAAUAAUGCCUCCGUUUACGUAAAAGUGAAAGAAGACAGCCCGUCGAGUGCUACGCGGCCAUUUUACUUGCAAUGCGGCAACGGUGUACGGUCCGCCAUUGGAAACGGCCAGUGUCUUUUUCUGUGUGCAAGAUUUGUAUUUUGUCGAUUUCCUCGGCAUAGAAACAAAGGUUAACCAUGUGUGAUAAAAGUGUAGUGCGGACUUUAGUGUAGUGAAGCACGGUGGUCGGGUGUUUCGAAUAAUGUGCGAACGAUGGAAAACGAAGUGAAGCAGCGGAAUCAGAGAAACAGGCGAAGGGAGCGGGCCCAGCGCAUGCAAGCACAGCGAGAGAGUAAAGUUAAGGAUGGGGACAGCGGCGAGGACGAGUCUCCGGCCAGAGAAAAGCCGCCUCGUCCUCCGGCCAGGAGGAAGAAGUCGAGGGAGCCCCUCGGAGAGGAAGACAUCAUCGAUGGUUUCGCCAUAAUGGCAUUUCGCACCUACGAGGACCUCGAGGCUGCCGUAAAAUGCGCUUCCUCACCCCGCACCAUCGCGCUGUCCACCAAGCCCCGGUUACCGUUGGCUGCGCUUGCAGGCGACGCAACCCGCAACCACGCCACCAGCAACGUCAAUUCACAUGGUAUAACGCUGCUUCAAGACGCUGGCACGUCGGAUGAUAGUGGACGGGCAUCAGAAAGACUCACGGGCAGUUCGGUGGCACCUCGGGAUCCCGAUUCCUCUCGCGACCGGCUUAGCGAUGCCAGUAGCCGCUGUAGUUCCGGAAAAGGCUAUAUCUGUGAUAGUGAAGGCGACGACGAUAAGGCUAGUCCAGAAAAUAGCAGAAAUGCAUCUCCUAGAUAUCACGACGUGUCGAUGGAUGAUGCGUCGGACGCCGGCUCUCUGUUCCGGGUGACGGGCGCGGGCGCGGGUGUGGGCGCGGGUGUGGGCGCAGGCGCGGGCGGCGGCGGCAAGAACGAGCUGGUGGCGCGCGGCGGCAGCGGCGGCGCGCUGGCUCUGUCGCGCGCGCCCGUCGGCGGCAGCGCCAGCCCCGCGCCCGCGCCGCUGCCGCAGCCCGCGCCGUCGCCCGCGCCCGCUGCGCUGCCGCCGCCCGCGCUGCCGCCGCCACCCUUCCGUGCCGACACGCCGCACCGCAACAACGGCGCGCACAUCCCCGCGCACGACGGCCAGGCCGCCACGCAAGUGCCCGCCCGGCCCGUCGGCGCCGCCGGGCCCGACACGCCCGAGCGCCCGGCCAACAACAACAACAAGUUGCAGCCGGGCGCGCGCGCCGCCGCCGACAGCCCGACGCCCGCCCCGCCCGCGCCGCCCGCGCCCUCGCCGCUCUUCCCCACGCACACCGCCUACCAGUCGCACGCGGCCGCGGCGCUGCCCGACUACCGGCACACCAACCACGAGACGCGGACCGAGCCGCCGCCGCCCGAGCCGCCGCACGCGCCGCUCGACCUCCACGCGCACCAUCCCGCGCCGCGCCCGCCGCACCCGCCGCACCUGGCGCCCACGGCGACCCCGACCACGCACCCUAGUCUCCCGAAUCGCGUCCCCCACUCGCAACCCCACCCUGUGAUACCCGGCCACGACGUGCGGAACGCGUCGCCGGCGCAGACCCAGGUGCAUCCUUCCGUUCCUACCUCGUUCCCCAACCGCAUCGUGUCAAACGGCGUGCCGCAAAGCGUCGCGUCGCAGACGCCGCCCGCGUCCACUCCUACCAGUCUUCCGAGUCAAAUAUCUUCCGGCCGACCGAUGUCUCCGGUGGCCCCCAUUUCCCGCCCCUACCCUACCCCGUCUAUCGGGUCUAGUCAUGUAAACUCGAGUAUAAGUUCCAGUAUUCACAGCCAUUCGGUACCCUUCCCGGGUCAAUCGAGUUUACAGAAACAUUCCGUGCAGCCGAUGUAUCCGAAUCGACCCUCGCACCACACGGCUUUCAGUGUGGCGAACCACAUAUCUGCCAAUCACCUGCCGCCCACUUCCGCAUCGAAUCCACCGGCCGCUAUGCAUUUCAGUCAUCCUCUGAGUCACAGUAUUAUGAGCCACGCGAAUAUUCCGAUGAGCAGUUCCAACCCAUCGGCGACGUCGACGCCGAACCACAUCAGCUCGCCGCAUUUAUCGAGCACCACGACCACAAGUACAAUAUCAAGUUUCACGCCGAGUAUAAAGCACCCAGGGUUGAGUUUGCCUCCGCACCCGGCGGCCUUAGCGCCGGCGGUGUCGUUACAUCAGCCUAUGAACAUAGACCCCGUUCCGAUUUCGAGCGCACCGACCGUGUUAACUCCGGCGUCCAGUAGCAGUAGUGUAAGCAGUCACCCGAUAGUGCCACCAAUAGUGCCGCCCGUAGUGGACUCCAGGCAAUUACCCGCUAUCAAUGAGAUGCCGGCGCGAACUGAAAGUGCCACCGUGAGUUCUGCGAUGGUGACGAAUGGCUACCCUCCGCCGGCCGUGUACGCGGCAGGCUCCUACCCCGCCUUGUACGCUCCCUACGCGCCCACUCUCCAACACAGCCCCUACCUACCGCCGUCCGCCGCGUCACCGAGAAAUACUGCUGACACGCGGACAAGCUUGUCGGCAUCGCCGCUGGUGGCCCCCAAGACGCCGAAAGGCGUGCGGCCCCACACGCCGGGUUCACUGGGCGCGGCGGGGGUACACGCACCGCUCUCAUACUCGCCUCGGGGUCACAGCCCAAGCAGGGAGCGAGAGAGUUUCAGCAGCAACAUCAGCAGUCUGUCGCGCAGCACGCCCGCGUCGGGCGGCACAGGCGCCGCGCCCGUGGUCUCGUCGGCGCUCACGGCGCCCAUGCCCGCGCCGCUCGUGGCCCCACUCGCGGGACCCUUACCAGCACCUUUACCUGGUCCAGUUCCAACGUUAGGCGUUUCAAGUGCACUAGGUCCAUUGUCUACGGGGCUCAGCUCGCUGACUGGGCUGGCUGCGCCCACGCCCACCGCGCCGACGCCCGCCGCGCCGCACCUGGCCCACUCCCUGGCGCCCGUGCCCACCGUGCCUAGCAUUAGCUCCAGUGCCAAGCCGCCCGCGCACUGGGGGGUAACCAGGUCCACAGGCGCAGAGCGCGCCGGAUUUGCGCCCGCGCCGCCGCUGUUCGGAGCGCCGCUGCCUCCGCCUAACCCCAACCCCUUCUCUGCAGAGUCACUAUUUCAAACCAGUCCUGGUGCGGAUCUCCUCCGGCGGGAGCUGGACAACCGGUUCCUGGCGGCGGCGGGCGCGGUGGGCGUGCGCACGGAGCUGCACCACCACCAGCACCAGCACACGCACGUGCACCAGCACCCGCCCGCCACGCACGCGCCGCACGCCCCGCACGCGCCGCACGCCCCGCACGCGCCGCACGCACCGCACGCGCCACACGCGCCGCACCAUCCGCAUCAACUGCUGAUGCCCCACGCACCGCUGUUCAAAGAUGUUGGAAAAAUGACGUCCCUUUACCGAACAGGCCUCAGUCUCGGUUACCCGUAUUCUUCAAGUUUACUGCACCCCACGGCGCCCUACGUGCCGCCCGCGCCGCUCACUACGUACGCUCCUAAGCCCGUAGUGUCGGCCGCAAGUGACUCCGCUACUAAACCACCACCACCACGUGCCGCGCUCGCGAAAACCGGCAAGUGGAACGCCAUGCACGUGCGGAUCGCGUGGGAGAUCUACAACCAUCAGCAGAAGGAGAAGACCGGCGGCGCGGCCGUCGCCGUCGGCGACAAGGACAAGCUGCGCGCCUUCCCCGCGCCCGCGCCGCCGCCGCCCGCCUACCGCUCGCCCUACGAGCUGCCGCCCGCGCCCUACCUGCCGCACCACGCGCCGCUCGGCCUCGUGCGCUACCCCGCGCGCCCCGCGCUGGCGCCCGCCGAGCGCCACCUCGGCGUGCCGGGCGUGUCGCCCUUCGCGCGCUACGGCGCCGGCGCCUUCCCGCCCGCGCCCGCGCCCUUCGGCUUCUCCGCCUACAGCCGCGAGCUGGCGCUGUCGUCGCUGCACGGCAUGCACCACGCGCCCGUGGGCUCGCUGCACGACGCGUGGCGCGGCGUGCGCCCGCCCGCGGCCGCGGCGGCCGAGGUGCGCCGCGAGCACGAGGAGCGCGAGCGCGCGCGCCGCGAGCGCGAGGAGCGGGAGCGGCGGGAGCGCGAGGAGCGCGAGCGCCGCAAGCUGCGCGAGCAGCGCGAACGCGAGAUGGAAAGGGCGCGGACGCGCUCGCCGCUGCGGAACGGCGCGCCUGAAGCUCCCAAGGAGGAGCGGAAGGAGCCGCCGCGGCCGCCGCCCGGCCUGCCCGCCUACCCGCCGCCGUCGCACUGGGACCCGUACCGGUUCGACCCGCUGCAGCACAUGCGCUUCGCGCCGUUCGUGGAGGCGGCGAUCCGCGCGGAGGAGGACCGCGCCAAGAUGCUGAACGCGUACGCGCACCACCAGCAGCUCAAGGCCGGCCCGCUGCUGCACCGCUCGCUGCCGGGCGCGCCGCUGCCGCCGCUGGGCGCGCACCCGGCGCUGGGCCCGCUGGCGCCGCUGGGCCCGUCGCUGGCGCCGCUCGACCUGCUCAAGAAGGAGGAGCCGCGAUGAUAGCGGCCGCCCCCCCGCCCCCCGUGUACAUAGCGAGAGUGACAGUUCGAUUAGUUCCGUGUAUCGUUUCGCAGUAUCGGUUUAGAGAAUUAUUUAUUGUAACGUCGCUUGCGGACCCCCGGCGCCCGCCGGUGUCAUGUGCAAUAUAGGACGAGAGCGACCCGCGUCGCCGCCAGCCUGUACACUAAUGCUUGUUUAUUUACAUGAAAAUAUCUAUCGAGUUGUUAUUGUGACCAUAAUUAGUUAAUUAUACAUUAAAACGCUGAAUUAUGUGAAAGAUAGGAUUAUCGGAAUCACUAUCGAUAUAAUUAUACAUAUUUAUAUAUACCUAUAAAUAAAAUGUAAAUAUUAGCUGUAAAUUAGUGUUAAAAUAUAGAAUCGGUUUAUUUAACGUCAUACAAAAGAAAAAAAACCCAUAAAUUAUUAUUCUAUCGGAAGUUCAAAUUACACUUCCGUUAAAAAUCUCAUAAUGGAUUUUCAAUUGUACCAGUGGAGGAUUAUUUAUUUAUUUAUACUUAUUUCACUUUUCAAGUAGUAGGAUCUACAUUUUUUGUUACAGUAACAGUUGACAUUUCUUAAUGCAUUUAAAAUAUGUGAUAUUAUUAUAUUGUGAAAUACAUUUUGUCUGACUCCCAGAGUAGUGUAUUUGCAGCUAGAUAAUGUAAUAAUUAAAAUCAUGUUAUCUAUUUCCUAACUUAUUUUCAUAAUAGUACAUGUUGAGCUAACGAAGCUUCCAUAAAAUUAAAAUAUGUUUAUCGUUUACCUUAUUGAACUCAAUGUGUGCCAUUAAAGUCUUACAUUAAUGGACGAUAAGUCAGACAAAAUUGGAAUUGUGAAUUAUAAAAACCUGUUUUAGGGCACAUUUGAUGAUUGUGUUUUCAUGAUUUUGUGAAGGGUAACUCAGAAAUGUAUUAUAGUUUAUACAAAAAUCAUUCUGUAUACUAAAAGUAAAUGAAAGCUUGGUGCGAUUCAGAAAAUACCAUUAAAACUUUUGAUUUUUAUACCAA